CGAAGGAACAGCACGGGAAUUGAGAGAGAUAGUCUACCACCACUUACACCAGAUGUUAUCAUUGACAGGCAGAUUGCUGAUAAUAAUCGUUCUUCAUAUCCGAGUAGAUUUAACAACAUGUCAUCAGAUGCUCUGAGCAUUAUCACACUGGACGACUAUGAUGACGAUGGUUACUCGAUAUCUGAAGCUCGGAGUUAUGAGGAUCUUCUCGGUGCAAAGCAUAGAAACUAUGAUCAUUAA